UGAUCAGCAGGAGCGCGCGGCUGGCAGUUUGACCCAAACCGAGCGCACGGGCGCACAUCGUGUUCGCGCAAGUCCGUGAAAGUAACGGAAAAGUCGCUUCAUUUUUUCGCGUCGGAAAUAAAGCACCACGACUUGAUAAAUCCAAACAUCACUUUCAUCAGUGUUUUAAUCACCAUAUAAAGUAGCACUCGCGCGUACACUAUGUGAGAAACCGGGGACGCCGUUACAUUUGACGCAGUCGAACGGACCUCGCUGGCAACAUGUAAACACCGCGGGUAAAACUGUGGGUUUGGGGUUGUUUUUUUAUUCCUUGGGUUGUCACAUCGCGUUGAGGUUCAGCCAUGAUUCCUCCCGGUAACAUGACGCAGACCGACAGCACCGACAACAGCACCGGGGACGAGAAGGAGAAAGAGCGCGCGCCGGAGCGCAGAGAUGCGCCCCAGUCUCCAACAUCCACGAGCCAGCACGAGUCCAAGCUACAGAAGCUGAAGCGCUCACUUUCCUUCAGGACCAAAAGCCUCCGCAGCAAAAGUGCCGACAACUUCUUCCAUCAUCCGUGUCCUGAGGUUAGCAACAGCAGCAGCACGGGGCAGCUAAGUACCAUCGGCGUGUCUAUGUCGGCUCCGCUCGAGUCCUGUUACCUCCCACCCCUGUCUCCACCUCCCAUAACGCCAUCUGGACUUCCCCUGACCAUCUGCUCGCCAUCACGUGCACCACGUCCACCUGACCCGACGGCUCACACCUUCCUGGAGCACACUUUCAAGAAGCCGCACUUCUGCGAUGUCUGCAACCAUAUGAUUGUAGCUUGCCAAGGUGGAGCAGGCAAAGUUUUCGGCCCCAACGCCAAGCUGGGUCUCCGCUGCAAAGCGUGUAAAAUGGGCAUCCAUCACAAGUGUCUGAACAGGGUGGGGCAGCAGAGGUGCAUGGGCAAACUGCCCAAAGGCUUCAGGAGGUACUCCAGCUCUCCUCUGCUGAUCCAGGAGCAGUUUGGCUGCAUUAAAGAGGUCAUGCCUAUCGCAUGCGGCAGUAAGGUGGACCCGGUGUACGAAGCGCUGCGGUUCGGGACGUCACUCGCUCAGAAGACCAAGAGGGCCAGUGGCUCAGACUCGCCUCCGAGAAACUCUACAAGCGAUCUUGCUCAAGUACCUGAAGAAGCAGCCCACUGCAGUCACGCACAACUCACCAGGAAACACAGUGACAACGUCUUCACGUCUCUGGAGAACGGAACGGAAACCUUUCACACGGAGGAGAAGAAACCUGAGGAGUCGCAGUAUCAGACUGAUGAAGAUGAAGAUGUGCAGAAGGACAUCCUGACUCUAAACACCUAUGUGGCUUUGUACAGAUUCAUUCCACAGGAAAGACAGGACCUGGAGCUGAGACCUGGAGAUCGGAUAAUUCUCGCAGACAACUCCAACGAAGACUGGUGGAAGGGGAUGAUUGAGGACCGGAUAGGGUUUUUCCCAGCGUCCUAUGCGCAGCUGGUGAAGGAAGGAGAUCGGGUGUUCAGGUGCAACCGUACCUUCAUCGGCUGUAAGGAACAGGGGCAAAUCACCAUAAAAGAAGGGCAGAUCUGCAUGAGCGGCGAGGAAGAGAAAAACGGCUUCAUCCUUGUGGCCAGUGGAAAGAAACUAGGCUUCGUCCCGUGUGACGUCCUGGAGGACAUCUGAACAACAGGAAGUGAGAGAGCGAGAUCGUGUAAGAGAAAGAGUGACAGAAGAGAGAAUACGCUCUUACAGGAAACGGGACGUCAAACCGGUUCUACAGUCUCCAUCUGUGUGGAAACGAGAGGACGGGAAGUGGAUGGACGUGGAGAUUGGAGACCUCCCAGAUUCGUUCUAAAAAUGUAGAAUCUUAAGGAAAGGACUUGAUCUAGAGCAUCAGAUGAUCACACAACACUCAAAGCUUUUUGAGACCGAAUCCAGGUUGCUUUAAAGAACCCAAAUCUGGUUCUCUCGGAAGCUUCUGGUGAGCAAAACAAAGUGCACCCUGGAUUCUAAAUAUCUCAAACUCUUCAACGGAUUUGUAUUUAUAAACUUAAAAUAAUUUACUUUUUUCUUUUUUCUUUUUUUUUACUGCUUUAAUAAAUUACUGUCCUCCUGACACACAAAUUUGUCAAGUGAGUUGUUCCAAAGGAGGACAUGACUGAGAACCAAGACAUUUUAUUUUCCUUUAAAAAAGGAAAAAAAAAAAUCCUUAUUCUCAACUACAAAAGACACAGAGCUUCAUUCGCUGACAGAAAACCUCAAAAAAAAGUUGCUGAUGAAGAGUCGUAUCUCUACGCGGCCUGUUCGUUAUUUUAUUCUCUGUUAAUUUACAUCGUAGGUCAUAAUAAUAAAUCACUUUCUGAUUUUUUUUUCUGCUCUAAAACCAACAUUAACGAUGAACAGUGUUGCUAAAACUAUUACUCAUGGGACUUUAUAUAUUUAGUAGCAUUAUUAAUUUUGUCUUUUAAGAGAUGAAUCUUUUAGAAUUAAUUUUUUUUUCAUUUUACUUUUUAAUCCACACAAGGAAUUAUUUCAGCCUAAAAUGAAAAAAUAAAUAAUUAAAUAAAUAAAACAAUAAAUAACAGGAUUGUUGUCCUUUUUAAUUUUACUUUCUUUGGCAAUUUUCAACUGUACGUUUGUCUCCCAGUCAGAAGUUUGUACACCCCUGCUCAUAGAAUAAACUGAACACAAUUAAAUCUAAGUGGUUUUCCUGUUAAAAAAUGAAAGACUUUUGGCUUCUUUAUAAACUGCAUGAUCAUUUUUUUCCUAAAUAGAUAGAGAUAAAUAGAUUGAUAGAUUUUUAUUUUUUUAAUGUCUAGUAAAAAUACGGAUAAUCUGGGAAGUAAUGUAGAGCACGAUCUUAAAUCUGGGGGGCACGGUGGCUUAGUGGUUAGCAUGUUCGCCUCACACCUCCAGGGUUGGGGGUUCGAUUCCUGCCUCCGCCUUGUGUGUGUGGAGUUUGCAUGUUCUCCCUGUGCCUC